UACCGAAGUUGCAAUCGAACAGCUACUACUCGAUGAAUUGACUCGAUUACAAUUAGCAAUUCAAAGUCGAUGCAAUCCACAUAUCUAUUGUAUGUCAGCGGUGAAAACAAAAUUGAUAUCUUCACACGUGCGAUAGCAUACCUUUCUUUACAUCGGAGUUAUUUAAUUAAAAAAGUAUUUAUACAAAAUGCCAGACGAGGAUGGCAUGGAUAAAAGAAAGUCUCAUCGCGCACGGCAAGCCGGCGUGAAGGCGGAAAAGAAAAAGCUCAAAGCAAAGAAAGAUGCAGGCAACACUAAAGAACCUAAUCUGACUGCACGUCAAAGGAAUCCUAAAGCAUUUGCUAUCAACUCUGCACAACGUGCUGAGCGUAAUUUUCGACGUAAAGAGGAUUUAACAGCUAAAAAGCAACAUAUACCAGUUGUCGAUCAAACACCUGACGAACCACCACCGGUGCUAAUAGCUGUGGUUGGUCCACCUAAAGUGGGCAAAACCACGUUAAUAAACAACUUGAUAAAGAAUUUUACGCGAACGAAUGUUACUGAUAUACGUGGUCCCAUUACGAUUGUCACAUCCAAGAAGCGACGCAUUACACUAUUGGAAUGCAACAAUGAUAUCAAUUCCAUGAUUGAUGUGGCAAAAUGUGCUGACUUGGUUUUGUUAUUGUGUGAUGCUAGUUACGGUUUUGAAAUGGAAAUUUUCGAAUUUCUAAAUAUAUGUCAAGUGCAUGGUAUGCCAAAAAUUAUGGGUGUACUCACACACUUAGAUAUGAUUAAAAAUCCCAAGCAGUUGAGGAAACGCAAGAAGGAACUGAAACAUCGCUUCUGGACCGAAGUUUAUGAUGGUGCCAAGUUAUUCUACCUUUCGGGCUUGUUGCAUGGCGAAUACUUGCGUAAUGAAGUUAAAAAUUUGGGUCGCUUCAUUUCGGUUAUGAAAUUCCGACCACUAUCAUGGCGUGGCGCACAUAGCUAUCUACUCGUGGACCGUGUCGAAGAUGUGACUAACACCGAUACUAUACGACGUAAUCCUAAAUGUGAUCGAGAAAUUGUGCUCUACGGUUAUGUGCGCGGUGUGCCUAUGAAACAGGAACAUUCGGUGCAUAUCGCCGGUUUGGGAGAUGCAAGAAUCGAAGAACUGAGCGCUAUACCCGAUCCCUGUCCACUGCCUGGCACUGAGAAAAAACGCAGUCUUUUGGAAAAGGAACGAUUAUUGUAUGCACCUAUGUCCGGUGUGGGCGGCAUAGUUUACGAUAAAGACGCUGUGUACAUAGAACUGCAGGGCUCACAUAGUCAUAAAGAGAAAACUGGAGACGCUGCUGAACAGGAACAGUUGGUGGAGAAGCUCAUCGAUAAGAAGCAAACUGUGGAUGUGCAAAUUGAAGAGCAAGAAUUCCGACUCUUCUCUGAUGGUUCGGCAAUUAAGUCAAAAGACUAUAAGGAGGACAGUGAUGUCGACGAUGAAGAGGAAGGUAGUCAAGAUGAAGGUUCAGGUGUAGAUGAUGAGAAUGAUGGAAGUGACAAUAGUGACGAUGAAUUUGAUGGCGAAGAUUGGCGCGGCGAAGGUAGUGAAGAAGAGCAGCCGGAUAGCGACAAUAAUACAUCUGAUGAUGAGGAGUAUCAAUCUGUAGAUGAGCUGAAAUCUAAGAAAAAGCUUAGCGCGGUUGAGGAGUCUGAACAGGAUUCGGACAGUGAACAAGAGGAGGCUAAAAUUUUAGCCAACAGCAUGAGUUGGAAAGAAAACUUAGCACAAAAGGCGCGCGAUUCGUAUCUAUUACGUCACUCGGAAGCCAAGAACAUAAUGCGUUUGGUUUAUGGUUGCUACAGUCAAAGCGAAAGCAAGAAAAACAAAAAUGGAGAAGACGAUAAAAACGAUUCAGACUCGGAUGAAGAAUUGGGUGGCCUCUUUAAGGUAGUUGCUAAAAAGCAGAGCGACAUGCAGAAAGAUAAAGAUAUUCGAGAUAAAAUGGAGCAAUGCUUUUUCGAAGACUUCUCCGGUACUACGCGCAAUUGGCUGGAAGAUGAUAAUAAAGCGCUUUUGAAAAACUGCUUCGUAACUGGCAAAUGGAAGGCGUCAGAAGAUGCGGAAACGCUGCUGCGUUUAGACGAUCUAAGCGAUGCUGAAAGUGAAGUUUAUGGUGAUUUUGAAGAUCUCGAAACUGGCGAAAAGCAUAGCAGCGCCAGCAAGGCGCCAGAUGCUGCGACGGAGGAAACCGGCGCUGGAAACGCGACAGCUGUGAAUCCCGAUGAAAAUACGCGUAAGCGUCGCAUGACCAGAGUUGAAGAAGAAAAUCUAACCAAAGCAGAGCUUAUGGCGAAAAAAUUGAAACUUAAAGCUAAAUUCGAUGCCGAGUAUGACAAUCAUGAUGGCCCCAAGGAGGACGAAGGACGCAUAAAGGGCGAUCACGAUUAUUAUGAAAGCCUAAAAGCGGACGCACAAAAACAAUCAGAGUUGAAUAAAAGCGAGUUCGCGAGUCUCGAUCCGGAGCUGCGUUUACAAAUAGAGGGUUAUCGGCCCGGUCUUUAUGUGCGUUUAGGCUUUCGCGCUAUAUCUUCGGAGUUCAUCGAGAACUUUGAUCCCAGUUAUCCCGUGCUGGUUGGCGGGCUAAAUAUGACCGAAGAGAAUAUCGGCUAUGUUAAUUGUAAAGUGAAGAAGCAUCGUUGGUAUAAGAAAAUAUUGAAGACAGGCGAUCCGUUGAUCAUCUCAAUGGGUUGGCGGCGCUUCCAGACCGUGCCAAUAUAUGCGAAAGUCGAGGAUAACUUCCGACAACGCUAUCUUAAGUAUACGCCUAACCAUGUGACGUGCAGCAUGACUUUCUGGGGUCCAGUCACACCGCAAAAUACCGGUUUCCUGGCGCUGCAAACUGUACGCCACGAUCUGGAUGAAAUGAAGCGACUCGGUUUUCGCAUUGCGGCCACGGGCAGCGUAAGUGAAUUGGAUAAAUCGGCGCAGAUUAUGAAGAAAUUGAAGUUGGUCGGUCAACCGUUCAAAAUAUACAAGAAAUCCGCAUUCGUUAAGGGCAUGUUCACAACCGGGUUGGAGGUGGCCAAAUUCGAGGGCGCUAAAAUUAAAACUGUCUCCGGCAUACGUGGUCAAAUUAAGAAGUCACAUCAUGACCCCGAGGGUUCAUUCCGUGCCACAUUCGAGGAUAAGAUACUUUUGAGUGACAUCGUCUUCUGUCGCACAUGGUUCCGUGUAGAAGUGCCACGUUUCUAUGCGCCAGUCACCUCACUACUACUGCCAGCGGAGCAGAAAUCACAAUGGCAAGGCAUGAAGACGCUGGGUCAACUGAAGCGUGAACGUAAUAUACAAAAUCAAGCGCAACCGGAUAGCCAAUACACGGAGAUUAAGCGUGAACCGAAGAUAUUCAAACCGCUUACGAUACCCAAAGCUCUACAGCGCGCCUUACCAUACAAGGAUAAACCCAAAGCGCGACCGUUAGACGAGAAGAAGAAGGAGGAGCUGGAACGUAUAGCUGUGAUACGCUCACCACAUGAACAGAAAGUGGCAAAGAUGAUGAAAAUGAUAGAGACGAACUACAAAGCGAAACGCAGACAUGAUAAAAUGGAAACGAAGAUACGGCUCAAGCAAUUCCGUGCCGAGAAGCGCAUUGAGGAAGCGCGCAAGAUGAAGCGUCAGAAGGAGGUGAGAAAGAAGGUGUCACGCGCUAUAAGUAAAAUGCGUAAGAAGGAAGAAGUCUAAAGCACGCAAUCACACACACACACACGCAUACAUAUUCGUAUGUAUGCUGUUGUACAUAACCUAGAAAUUCUUUUAAUUACUUUUUACAGUAAAAAUAAUAAAGUUGAACUAUUUUACAUAAAAUAUAUUGUUCGUUUGUAUUUGUUUAAAGUUUACAAAUCACACUGCAAAUGUGUCGCUUGUAUUCAUUCGGUUUAGUUUGGUUGUACGAGUUUGCGAAGGCCAGCUCUUCAAUCCUGACUUUUGUUGUCAUCGAUCGCUUUGAGCGCGGCAA